AUGAAGAAUAAUAGACAAAAAAUUGGAGAUCCAGGGAUUAAUUGGGUGGAAGCAGCUUUGGGAAUUGGCAAAAAUAGACGAAAGACCAUUGGUUUUGGUCAAUACUCUAAAAAAACCAAAGAAUACGAAGAUGAAUUUUACAUUCGAGAAAUGUCAAUUAUUGAUGCUGGUAUUGGAUGUGCUCUCUGGGAUGCUGCCAUUAUUUUGACAAGAUAUAUUUAUGAAUUUGGAGAUGAAAUUUUUGCCAAUAGAAAAGUUAUGGAGCUCGGUGCUGGUGUUGCCCUGUGUGGAAUUUGCGCGUCACGAUUUGCUUCCAAAUGUUACAUUACUGAUCUACCUCAUUUAGUUGAUAAUAUGGAAUAUAAUUUGAAGACAAACUCCUAUUUUGAUGAAACCGACGAAAACACGAAAUGCAAAUCAGAGAAAAUUAAAAAGUACAAGCAACAAAUGCAGCAAAGCGGAAAGGUUAUGGAAUUGGACUGGUACAAGAUUUAUGAUGAGAUUCCAAAGGCUUUACAACAAAUUGCUAAUGGUGAACAACCAUGUAUGGAGGUGCCUGAAAAGUGUGAAAUUAUAAUUGGAAGUGAGCUAACUUACACGGGUGAUGAACAGACCAUUGAGGCCUUAAUGAAAGUUAUUGAUACAUUUCUAGAUGAAAAGGGCGUAUUUUUGGAAAUUUUGAGUGAUGACAGAGAUGGUGUUUCAUAUUUUGUAGAUCAAAUUACAAAACCUGAGCGUUAUAACUAUAUUCUGAAAUCGUUUAAAGUCCAUAGUAGAUAUAUGGGCAAUUUUGGAACUGGACAAAGAGACGAAACUUAUAAAUUCUAUGUGUUGACAAGAAAGGAGAAUGAAGAAGGAGAACUGUUUUUAAAGAUGUGUGAAACCAUGAAGAACGAUUUAUAA